AUGGAAGCGGGUUUGGACAUAGAUCUGUGGAAUGAGUCUGAGGGAAUAUACUGGAAGAACCGAGGAGUGGCCCAGUGGGUGAACAUGUGGGGUCGGGGGUUUCAUCGACUUCGGGAUGCGUUGGGUCCAGCUGUUCUCCUUGUUGGUCCGGCUCUUGCGUCACCACCAGCGAUUGGCAACUCGUGGUGGGAUGGUUUCCUGGGAUUUAUUGGUGCAAACAAUUCAAUUCCCGACCAAUACACCUGGCAUCUCGAAUGCGGCGGCUCGUGUGACUUGCAGACAAGCAACUCAACCCUAAAAUCAUUGCUCAGCUCGUACGAACAAAACCUGAGUGGCGACACCUGGUACAUUAGCCGCUUGGAGCGCUAUGAUACUCUCAGCUUGCGUGGUAAUUGGCUUUCAACUGCCGCACUUCAUGACUUUCUUGCCAGACUUGUGGGCAAGCCGAAUGCUGGAACAUCAUCUUAUAACCCGACAGCAGGUGGCUACUGGCCGACCGGAGAGUUCCAGGUUUACAAGUACUACCAUUUGAAUCAAACCGGCAUUCGCCUGGGUACCACCGGCUCGGCAGACGGUGGAUUUGACGUCUACGCUACGAAGACGGGAUCGGUUGUGAAGAUCCUAUGCGGCAGCAGGGCGGAGACGGGAACAUGGGAUAUUACUGUUACCAACCUGGCGUCUCUGGGGCUUCCAUCCUCCGGCAGCAUCACGAUCACGACAUAUGAGUUCCCCUGGACCAGCCAAUUCGGAGAAGUUGAUUCCCCUGUGAAUCUUGGUCAAGUGACCCAUACUUAUACCGGCGAUUCGGUGACAUGGUGGGUGAAGUUCUCUUCACCCAACACGGCAUAUGCCUUUGAAUUCGCCUACUGA